AUCGUUUCGCAGCGGUUGAAGAGCACAAUGCUAGAGCCCCCUUUUUUCUUAUGCCAGACUGACCUUGAACCCUUCCCUGAAAUCAUGAUUCGCUGUUGUGCCCUUAAAGUGCCCCUUCCUGUAAACAACCAACCCUUGUGAAACUCUUACAAGCUGUCGGAAGUAUUGAGUCCGAAAACCAUCGCGAUCGGUUGUACUACGCACCGUGAAUCCAGCAGCAAAAUCCGUGACGCUAAUCGCUCGCGUGUGUGCGUGUUUGUGUGUGUGGGCUUUUCCCUUGAACAUCCUCCGAUGUGUGGUUCCCGGUACAAACCCUCGUUUAGUCUCCCGUUAGGUGUACCCUUUUAAAAUCGCGCCUGAAUGCACUGAAACUAAAGCCGAACUGUUUAAAUAAAAGCCAACAAACAAAAGUACGUUCUUCGUACGGUACGUGUGGCGUACUUGUGGUUGCCGAUGCCGAUGCUCCGAUACAAUGCCGUGGCUGUGGGGUCUGAAGGGUAAAAGAAGGUGUUUCGUCACGUUUCGAUUAGCCGAUCGUCUUUUAAUUGACGAAGUUUUCUGAUCGGAAGCUCAAUUGACGCGACCAAGACGCAAGGGUGCGAUGCGGCCGGCCGGUGAACGUUGGCAGUUUUACGUCGAUUAGUUAGACAGGCGGUUUGGAGGAGCGUUUCUGUGAGGGAGUGCAUUGUACGCGGUCUAGAUACAGCUUGUUGUGACAGACGUUGUGACCGAGGACCACACAAAUGGAGGACGACGCACUGAACAAGGACGAGAAGCAGCGCAAGGACUCGCUGAAAAGUGCAAAGGAUGCAGCGAACGGGGCCGGUGGCGGCGGUGGCGACGGCGGUGACAUCGUGCUCAAGCCCAAAAUGACACUCGUCAACGGGAUUACGGUGAUCGUCGGUUCCAUUAUCGGUUCCGGCAUUUUCGUCUCGCCGACCGGUGUCCUCAUCAACACGGGCAGCGUCAACAUGUCGCUGAUCGUCUGGAUCCUCUCCGGCCUGUUCUCGAUGGUUGGUGCCUACUGCUACGCCGAGCUGGGCACUAUGAUCAAAAAGUCGGGCGCAGAUUACGCGUACAUUAUGGAAACGUUCGGCCCGUUCCUGGCCUUCAUCCGGCUCUGGAUCGAAUGCAUGAUAGUGCGUCCCUGCUCGCAGGCCAUCGUGGCCCUCACGUUCAGCGUGUACGUGCUGAAGCCGUUCUUCCCCGAAUGCCAACCGCCCGAGGAUGCGGCCCGCCUGCUUGCCGUCUGCUGUAUCCUGGUGCUGACGUUCAUCAACUGCUGGGACGUGAAAUGGGCCACGGCGGUACAGGACAUCUUCACCUACGCGAAGCUGCUCGCCCUGUUCAUCAUCAUCGGUGCCGGUGCCUACUACCUGUUCCAAGGCAACACGGAACACUUCACCUUCGAUAACACGAAAACGGAGGUAACAUCGCUCGCAUUGUCCUUCUAUUCGGGAUUGUUUGCCUACAACGGUUGGAACUAUUUGAACUUCAUCAUCGAGGAGCUGAAGGACCCGGUGAAGAAUUUGCCCCGUGCCAUCGCAAUUUCCUGCACGCUGGUGACGGUCGUGUACGUGUUUACCAACGUGUCCUUCUACACGAUCCUGUCGCCGGAGGAGGUGCUCGGCUCGGAGGCGGUCGCCGUCACGUUUGCCGAUCGGGUGUUCGGUAUGUUUGCGUGGACGAUACCGGUGUUUGUCGCCCUGUCAACGUUUGGAGCGGUGAAUGGCAUUCUGCUUACCUCGUCCCGCCUGUUCUACGCCGGCGCUUGCGAAGGUCAGAUGCCGGAGAUUCUUACCAUGAUCCAAAUACAGCGCCUCACACCGACGCCCGCCGUGCUGAUUAUGGCGCUCCUUUCCAUGCUGUAUCUGACGGUAUCGGACAUCUUUGCCCUAAUUAACUACGUUGGGUUCGCCACUUGGCUAAGUAUCGGUGCGGCCGUACUGUGCCUACCGUGGUUACGGUGGAAGCAGCCGAAACUGAACCGCCCGAUCAAGGUGAAUCUCAUCUUCCCCAUCCUGUAUCUGAUCGCCACCGUCUUCGUCACCGUCGUCCCAAUGAUUGCCAGCCCGGUAGAGACGGGCUACGGGUGUCUUAUGAUUCUUUCCAGCAUUCCCGUCUACUUCAUAUUUAUUGCGUGGCGAAACAAACCCAAAUGGUUCAACCGCUCGAUGGUGGGUCUUACACGGUUCCUCCAAAAAAUGCUCAUGGUCGUAGGAAAGACCAAACUAGCUCAGGUUUAAACAAACAUGCAUCCAUACGAUCAUACGAACACACCGUUGCCAUCAUUUGCUGUGUAUGCCGACCAAAACGAGGAUAGAGCCAUUCCAACUCUACAUUCCAGAACGGCGCAGAAGUAGCAGUGCGAAAGGAUUAGAGCGAUCUUUAUGUUGUUUUAAAAUGUUUUUUUGUUUGUUUGUUUGUGGUUGUUUGAUCGUCACAUCCCUUGCUGAAGGCUGUUAAAAUGUAUUCGUUUCUUUUAAAGUAAUUAUUAUAUUAUGUUCUAAUAAUUUGACGUCAGUUACAAAUUUAUUUCGUUAGCAGGGAUGCCACGAGGCGAAAAUAGAAAAUGCCGCGGAAAAAGUAUCAGUAAGACAGACCAUUGUGUGAAAUAGUUGCAUUUCAAAGAAACAUUCCUAUUACUGUGUUUUGUUCUAUUCAAUCAGGCGCAAUAGUUCCUUGAGUAGAAGUCGGUCAGGCGCAUCUCAACCAUUUAUCAGACAACUCGAAGCAAAACAGGUCCACAAGUCAGGGAAACAGUGUUCAGGUUU